CCAUGGCCGUCCCUAUGUUAGGCCAAGGAAAUGACAAUCAUAUUUAUAAAUAAAUCAUAGCAUUACUUGUAAUUUAAAUAAUUACUAUUAUCAAAUACGCAAAAGGUGAGUAUGUUCGGAGUGGAUCGGGCUGUCGCCCCUGCAUAAACUUGCUUUGCUGGAUCAAAACUGAAUUCAAAUCACCCAACAACACCACCUUCUUCUUCUUCUUCUUCAUCAAUUUUAGAUUGUUUGCCGAAUUCCUCAACCGAAUAUGUCUUACGCUUACCUCUUCAAGUACAUCAUCAUCGGGGAUACCGGAGUGGGCAAAUCAUGCCUUCUUCUUCAGUUCACCGACAAGCGGUUUCAGCCGGUGCAUGAUCUUACCAUCGGUGUUGAAUUUGGGGCCAGGAUGAUCACCAUCGACAACAAACCCAUUAAGCUCCAAAUCUGGGACACCGCAGGUCAAGAAUCCUUCAGAUCCAUUACCAGGUCCUACUAUAGAGGGGCUGCCGGUGCCCUGCUUGUCUAUGAUAUUACCCGGAGGGAAACUUUUAAUCACUUGGCUAGCUGGUUGGAGGAUGCCAGGCAGCAUGCUAAUGCUAACAUGACCAUUAUGCUCAUUGGUAAUAAGUGUGACCUUGCUCAUAGAAGGGCUGUGACCACUGAGGAAGGCGAGCAGUUUGCCAAGGACCAUGGUUUGAUCUUCAUGGAGGCCUCUGCUAAAACUGCUCAGAAUGUUGAGGAGGCAUUUAUAAAGACUGCUGCCACCAUAUACAAAAAGAUUCAGGAUGGAGUUUUUGAUGUCUCAAAUGAGUCUUAUGGCAUAAAAGUUGGAUAUGGUGGAAUUCCGGGGCCAUCAGGAGGCCGCGAUGGUUCUUCCUCUCAAGGUGGGGGCUGCUGCAAUUGAAAUUCGAGUUCUUCUUCUCAAGCUUUCUUUAUUUCAUAGUUCCUUGUUAAUUUUUUAUAAUCCCUCUACCCUGAAUAUUGUGACUGGUUUCUUAUAUGUGUCCAUUCAAAGUGUGAAAUUUGUAUAAUCCAUUUAGAUGUGUGCCCCAUUUGGUUGUAAAUUCGAUAGUUGUUGUAGUUUCAUUUGUGGAUAACUAUGGUGAAAAGAAAUUGUGAAAAUAUGGGGACUUGAUUCGAAUUUUUUGUUGUAUUCAUAUUUUGAUAUGACUUGCAUUGUAUUUGUCAAGGCUGUUUCAAAUAAAAAGUGGAUUUUUAUGUGCUUA